AUGCCAGAUUUGUCAAAUUCAGUCGCCUCCUCCUUUUCUUCACUUGACAACGCCUUCCGACGUCGGCUUCACCCGAAACUUGACGGAGUCACCUGUCUGGUUGGCCCGCUGAAAAAGGACUGAGGAAGCAGAGAAGGAAGAAACGAAUGAUCUUGUCCGGAGGGGGAAAAACAUUCCCACGCCACGAGCUGUCAGGUCUAACAAUGUGUUCUCGCUGAGUGACCUCUAGUUUUUGGGGAACUGUUGCCUUUUUGAACCGAAUCUGCCUGUGCGUUUCAUUAUUUAACACUUAACAGACACUUCCGGGUUGGGACUCCAGCUCCUAGUUGUCAGUGGUAGUUGGUGGGAAACAAACCAGCAUGGACUUUGAACUGCAGACCAUCCUGACGAAUGGGAACGAUGGAACAGCUCGUGAACGGGUGACAGUAGGUAAUGGAGACGGUGAGGCCUACAGGGUCCCUGAAAAUACAGAGACCGAUGGGCUGCUCUCUGUACAGACUACUGGUUGUAAUGGGGAGACAAUACCCUCUGGCCAUGCAGCAGAGCCUCAAUGGAAUCAUGGAAAUACACAAACUCCUUCAGAGAGCUGCAUGUGCAGGAUAAAGAGAAAGCUGAAUGAGGUCGCCUUCUGGAAAGUCAGACUAUGGAUGAUCAUCAUCUUCAUUUUUCUCCUCAUUAUUGCUGCAAUUAUAAUUUCGCUGGUUAUGUGCUCAGUAAUCCAUGGGGACGCAGAUGAGGACUUUGACGCUUCAUUGUUUAAAGUUCCUCGGUAUUUCAAUGGCAGCUUCCAACUGCCCAACAUGGUCUUCACAGAAGAACUUUUCACCCCCUCCUCCAAAGGAAGCCAACAACUUACUGCUGACCUUCAAGAAAAGCUGGCUGGCUUCUACAGAUCCUCCCCUGCUCUGGGACGAUACUUCUCCGAAGCUGAAAUAUAUGGUUUCAGGAGUGGUUCAGUCAUUGCUGACUACCAGCUGACAUUCCUCAUGCCUGAAGAACAGCAGGAUCAGCUGAGAAACUUUACUCUGAGCAGGGAGAUGGUUUACAACGUGUUCAGACAGUUCCUAUACGACCAGCAGCCAGAUGAUUCAGGGCAGAUGUAUAUUGACCCAGUUUCCCUAAAAAUGUUCUUAAGACACUAAGGAAAUUUUUUUACAGACAGGGACAUGGGUGUAUAUCUUGUUUUUUUGUCAUUUCAUUGAGACACAACACCGUGUACAAUAAGGUGGGUGUUUGUAGCAUGUGUUUUCUCAGUGUCAUUUUCCCAGGCUGUAGAAAUUUUGCAUAUUAUGCAUCUUCACCACAGGAAACUACAUGGCCACAGUCACGCAAGUCAGAAUUAUGGCUGUAGGUCAUAUGGAUGAUCUCAUUGUGAGUUCUCUUUAAUAGCCUUUAAAGACUGUUCUUAAUUAAAAUCAAUAAACAGUGCGGGAUAAAGGUAAAAUGGACAUCUGCCAACUGUGAAACGGAGUUGUUUAACUCAAGAGAAUGCAAACCAAGACAGAGCUUUGCUGAGUAUAUGAAAUACCUUUUUUACAUUUUAUUUGAGAUUUUAUUGUGUAUUACUGUGCCUUGUUUAACUUCAAGUUUAUUGACUGUAAGAGUAUUGGUAUAAAUGUCAAUGUUGUUUUUUAUAUAUUCAUUCCUGACUAUCACUGUUUAUAAUGGAAAUACAAGUGUUUAUAUUUGUAAAUGUGUGCCAUUAUUUUCCAUCACCAAACAUGAUUUGCAAACAAAAACUGUGGAACACUCUAGAAAAAACAUUUGCAUAGAGAGCUUUAGAGAUUUAUCCAGGAAAAUUAGCAUGAUGGAGCAUAGAUGAUUUUGCAUGUAAUAGCACUGGUGGUAUGUCACAUGUUCAUAAACUAGAACUGUGUCAGUAUGAGCAAGUCUGUUUCCUGGAUGUGAUCAUGUCAACAUGUCUCUAAUAAAAUUACAUCUUAUUACAUGUU